CCCCAUUGACCCCCCCAUGUCCCCAUUGACCCCCCCUGUUCCCUGCAGUUAAAGCUGACAAGAAGGCAGCGCAGGAGAAGAUGCUGCAGCAGGAACACGAGAGACAGGAGCGGGAGGACGAGCUCCGAGCCAUGGCCCGGAAGAUCCGCAUGAAGGAACGGGAACGCCGGGAGAAGGAGCGGGAGGAGUGGGAGCGCCAGUACAGCCGCCAGAGCCGGUCCCCAUCCCCCCGCUACAGUCGGGAAUACAGCUCGUCCCGGAGGCGCUCCCGGUCGCGGUCCCGCAGCCCCCAUUACCGGCACUGAGGGGCCCGAAGGCAAAUAAAGGUGGGAAAUGGGAA